AUGCUGGGGGGUUUAGCUCAAGGCAUCAAAUAGAUAGACAGAUUUGGUGUAAUAUUUCGACCAUCUGUUAUAGAUCUUAAUCCUGAGUACAAAUCAAUAUUUGGGGGAAUUGCUACUUUAUUCUUGUAUGGCUCGUGUCUGGCUUAUUUCUGUUAUUAAAUCAUUCAGUGGUAAAGUAAUACUCUAUUACCAAAAAUAACAAGUAUUUAAACUUCAUAAGCUGAAAAAUAUUUCUACAUGUAGGAUACCAUUUCUUCAUUUUAUAUGAGAAAAAGUUAUAGAGAAAAUGAAAUGGAUCCGUUUGACCCUUAAAAUAUCAUAUUACAACCAAUCCUUUCGAAAUUUUCAAACCAAUAAUUAGUUGAGUCGAAAUCAUUUGAAUUUAAUUCAAAAUCCAGUCGAUACAAUAAUUCAGAAAUAAUCCUGGAGAAUUUAGAAUUAAAUUUGAAUUUAGAGAAUUCAAAUGAUAACCCCUAAAUUGAUUACAUAUUAUCCUUUGGCACGUGCAUUGAUUUAUUUCUACUGGAAGGGCAAAAGUGUGCAAAUUAAUCAAUGGUGGAUAUUUACAUGAAAUAAUAAGGACAUGCAAUGCUCAUGAAUAAUUAUGUUAAAGAGUAUAAUCCAAAAAGUAUGUAAGUUGAAAAUGUGAAAAAGUAAUCAUUAACAAUGCUGAAUAAUGAUACAACCAUGUAUUUUCAGAGUCAAAUAAGAAUAUCAAAGACAACUGUUGAUUAAGGAUUCUUAUUUCCUUCUGAAACUAUAAAAGAAUUCCCAGUUGAUAUGGUCUUAAUAUCCUAAUCUGUAGACACACUGAGUUUUUCAACUAUAUUCCAUAGAGCCACAUAUUUGGUUUUAGCUUAUAGUUUGAGUGAAAUAGCGUAAGAGUAGUUUAUCGAGUAUCCAAAACUAUCAGAAGUGUUGGCAGAUAUUGGAUCGAUUGUUUCUAUUAUAUUGGUAUUGUCACAUUUGUGCUUAUUGGUAAAUGAGUAAAAAUUAGAAAAGGAAUGUGUUGAAAAGAUAAUUCGAAUGUAUUAUCCAGAAAUGGCUAAUAUAAAAUUCAAGUAUAAUUGGUAUGGUAAAAUUAUUGAUAUUCUAUAAAAUGGAUUAUCCAUUAACAAAGCUGAGUUUUUAUAAUAUUAUUAUGAGAUUCAAAGAGUAGCGAUUAAAAAACUUAGCAUUGCCAAUAUAAUUUAUACUUAAGCAAAAAUGUAAUUUUUAAUUUAAUCAACCUACAACUAGAAUGAGCUUAAAUAUGCUCAUAAAGUUGGAAUAAGGCUUAAAUCAUUUCCAAAAGUUUAAGAUCAAGCAAACCUUGAAGAAAAUAAUAAAAAUGUGCCUAUGGAAAAUAUUUAGAUAUAUGAUGUUUCACAUAUGGACUCAAUUGAUUAAAAUGAAAACCUGGGAUCACCUAUCAGAAAGUAAACAAUAUAAAUUGAGAAUUCAAAAAUUAUGUUCAUAAAAUAACCAAAUGAAUGCCAUGUUUUAAAUGAUGCAGACUUUCGCCUAUUCACAAUUGAUGAAUCGAUCUUUAAUAAUACUGACCUAAAUAAACAGGAAGGCUAUUUUGAGAAAAACUUUAUAGAAUUAUGA